GUCUUUCUCUUUCUCUCUCUCUCUCUCCCACAUUAUAGUCCUCCUCCUUCUUUUCUCCUUUGAUUCUUCUUCUUCUUCCAUCUCUGUUUCCGUUGGGGAUAAGAAAGACAAAAGAGGCCCGCGGAGUUUCAGAGAGAAAAACCUUGUUGUCCCCUUCUUCAAAAAAGAAGGGGGUUUCAAGCUUCUUCUUCUUUUUUAUUUUGUGUUAAAUAGGCCUUCUCGGGUUUCCGGAGGCCGAAGAAGGCUCCGGAUAUUAGAUGUGCAGCAGUGUGAGGAAGAUGAUCAGAUUAUGGAUUGCCGCACUGCAAUUGUCGGAGCUGUUUGUCAGCUCUUUGGUUCAUGUGCUUUAUGGGUUUUACAUCUUCAGCUCCGCCGUCGCCGGUGACCUCUCGCUGGCCUUGAAUGAGCUUUUGUUUAAGCCCAAUAACGUGAACAACGUGGAGUUGGUGCCUAGUGAGACAUCGGUGGCGCCGGCGACGGCCAAUGGGGAUCUUCCUCCUAUUGUUUUGGUUCAUGGGAUUUUUGGCUUUGGCAAAGGGAGGCUGGGAGGCCUGUCGUAUUUCGCCGGAGCUGAGAAGAAAGACGAGAGGGUUCUGGUACCGGAUUUGGGAUCUCUGACGAGCGUUUACGACAGGGCUCGUGAGUUGUUCUACUAUUUGAAAGGUGGGCGGGUCGAUUAUGGUGAGGAACACAGCAAAGCUUGUGGGCAUUCCCGGUUUGGCCGUCUAUAUGAACAGGGUCACUACCCUGAAUGGGACGAGGAUCAUCCUGUUCACUUUGUGGGCCAUUCUGCCGGAGCUCAGGUCGUCCGUGUUCUCCAGCAAAUGCUUGUUGAUAAGGCUUUCGAGGGACAUGAGAAUACUAAUGAGAAUUGGGUAUUGAGCAUCACAUCAUUGUCUGGAGCGUUCAAUGGGACUACAAGAACUUACUUGGAUGGAAUGCAGCCUGAGGAUGGCAAAACCCUGAAGCCCAUAUGUCUGCUGCAACUAUGUCGCAUAGGAGUGAUUAUUUAUGACUGGCUAGACAUUUCUUGGCUGAAGGAAUAUUACAACUUUGGGUUUGAUCACUACAAUUUCACAUGGAAGAAAGUCGGUGUUUGGGGUCUCAUUGAUUGCCUAUUGGGAAAUUCGGGACCAUUCGCAUCUGGCGAUUGGAUCCUCCCUGACCUUACAAUUCAAGGUUCCAUAAGACUCAACAGCCAUCUACAGUCCUUCCCAAACACAUACUACUUCAGCUAUGCCACAAAGCGCACUAAGAAGAUAUGGGGUGUGACACUUCCCUCAACCAUCUUCGGAAUUCACCCUCUGCUUUUUAUCAGAGUACUGCAGAUGAGCCAAUGGCGUCAUCCUCCUGAUGCCUCACCCCCGUAUAAGGGAUACAAAGAUGAGGAUUGGCAAGAAAAUGAUGGGGCUCUGAAUACCAUCUCCAUGACUCACCCUCGUCUCCCUGUUGAGCACCCAAGCCGUUUUGUGAAAGAUGAUUCAGAGUGCCACCCCUUGCAACCAGGCAUCUGGUACUACAAGAUUGUGGAAGCUGAUCACAUAUUCUUCAUUGUGAAUCGGGAGAGAGCAGGAGUUCAGUUUGAUCUGAUAUAUGACAGCAUUUUUGAAAGGUGCAGAAAGCAUGUAUUUAGAAAAACUCCACCAACAUUACCCAACCAAACUCAACAUUAGUUCAGCAUCCAUUGCUCUCACUCAUAACUAGAAUCUAGAAGCAUAAAGCAAGCACUAGUGAAUUGUACCCCUUCUUUUUCUGACAUCAUGUAAAUAUCCAUUUUCUAUCGCAUUUUUCCCCUGUAGUCCUUCCUGCUGGUACAUGUUGUCUAGCUUGUAGAUGUAGUGAGAGAUGUUAGAGGCUUAGCUUAUACAUCAGACUUCUUUGAUCUUUCCAAAGUUAAAUGAUGUGUUUUCGAGACGGUCAUUAUCAUUUCAGCAUACAUAUCAAUUUUCUUCGUUGGUUAUGAAAU